AUGGGUAUCGAUAGGUCAUGGCUCAAGCCUAUUCGGACCCCAAUUCACGGCUUCGCAGGUGAAAAGGUCAUCUCAGGCGGGGUGAUUUCCCUCCCGGUCACGGCUGGAGAAGGACAUAAUCGAGUCACUCUGUUGGUGGAUUUCUUGGUGGUGAAUACAUCGUCUACACACAACAUCAUCAUCGGGCAUCCAUCCCUUAAUGUCAUGAGGGCAGUGGUGUCGACGUACCACCUUAUGAUGAAGUUCCCGGCCAUAGGAGGGGUCAGCUAUGUCCGAGGCAAUCAGCGGGAGGCCCAGCGCGGCUAUUCCAUUGCUGUUAGAAAGGGUUCAGUGAAGCAAGCCUUCACAAUAGGUUCGCUCGGCCCCAGAGAAGGUACCUUGAUGGAGGGCUCUCCCGUCGAGGACCGCCUCUCCCUUUCACUUGACAAUGCCGAUCUAACCAAGACGGUUAAGCUUGGGUCAGCCUUGAGUCCCGAGCAAUGGAGUGGAAUGUUAAGUUUCUUAUGGCAGCAUAGAGAUGUCUUCGCAUGGUCCCACCAAGACAUGCUAGGCAUAGCCUCCAAGGUCAUGGUCCAUAGGUUGAAUGUGGAUUUAGAGUACAAACUGGUAAAGCAAAAGAGAAGGGCUUUGGAGCCUAAGAGGUACACAGCGAUUGUUGAGGAGGUUGUAAAGCUCCUUGACGUUGGCUUUAUAGAAAAAGUCCACUACCCAGACUGGAUCGCUAACGUUGUGCUCGUUAAGAAGGCCAACGAAAAAUGGUACGUCUGCAUAGACUACUCUAACCUUAAUAAGGUUAUGUCGUUCGGGUUAAAGAAUGCAGGAGCGACUAAUCAGCGAUUGGUAAAUAAGAUGUUCGCUCAACAGAUCGGCAGGACCAUGGAAGUCUAUGUUGACGAUAUGCUUAUGAAGAGUAUCAGGUCCGCAGAUCACAUCUCGGACCUAACCGGGGCCUUCUCUAUUCUUCGGAAGUAUUAG